AAUCUGUUAGCCGACGAACGGGCUACGAGCACAAUUUGAGUGGAGAAUUCGACGUUUAGUUUUAACUUGAGGUUGUCUUUAAAGAAGUCAACAUGGCGGCAAAUGACGCCGACUUGUACGAGCUCCAAAGAAGGUCUCCCUCUAGCACCGACCGAAGAAGGCACAGCGUCGAAACGUCCAAAUCACCAAGGAGCUCCAAACACCAUUCGCGAUCCAGGUCACGUUCAAGGGACCGAAAGCGCAAGUCCAGUGACAAGAGGCACAGACGAAGUCGGAGCAGAAGCAAAGAGGCAAGGAAGAGGGACUCGGAGAAGCCAGCAGUGGGCCGGUCAGACGAGCAGGCUGAGUGGGAGCAGGCAGACAGGGGGAGAGAGAGACUCUCCGAGCACAAUGGGGAGGAGAAACAUCGGCGCAAGGAGAGGAGGUCAUCCAGAGGAAGGAGUUACUCCAGGUCACGGUCACGUGAACGACGCCACCGCAGCCGAAGUCGGGAGAAAUACCGUUCUCGCUCGCACAGUCGGGAGAAGAGAUCAAAGAGUCGAGAGAGGAGGAGAAGAGCCAAGUCUCGUUCCAGCUCCAGGAGCAAACACAGACACCGGAGCAGGAGUCGCAGCAAAAGCAGGGAGCGAAAGAAGCGGAGUGAAAAGGUGAGGAGGAAGAGUCGCAGUCGCUCUGUCAGCCCUGUGGCCUUUAGAGGCAGAAACACAGCCAUGGACGCACAGGAGGCCUUGGCCCGGAGGUUAGAGAGAGCAAAAAAGCUCCAAGAACAAAAGGAGAAAGAAAUGUUAGAAAAACAGCAACAACAACAGCAAGAAAUUGCAGCAGUUGCAGCCCCACUGUUAGGUGACACAGUUGUGGCAGCGGCAGCGGCUGCUGCUAACCCGGUCCUGAACGUGGCAGCGUUGCUGGCAUCGGGCACGCAGGUCACGCCGCAGAUCGCCAUGGCGGCCCAGAUGGCUGCCCUACAGGCCAAAACACUGGCAGAGACUGGCAUUGCCGUACCCAGCUACUACAACCCCUCAGCAGUCAACCCUAUGAAAUUUGCAGAGCAGGAGAAGAAGAGGAAGAUGCUUUGGCAAGGGAAGAAGGAAGGGGACAAAUCCCAGACGGCAGAACUGUGGGAGAAGCUGAACUUUGGUAACAAGGACCAAAACGUCAAAUUUCGCAAGCUCAUGGGUAUCAAAGGUGACGAUGAAGCCACAGCGUCAGGGGAGAUGAACGACGAGGGCCUUAAGACCCUGCAGCAGCAGGAGGAAAUGUUCCGGAACCUGGAUGUCCAGUACGAAAUGGCACGGUCGCAGACACACACUCAAAGAGGCAUGGGACUGGGCUUCUCCUCGUCCUUCUCGCGGGGAAUGGACACUAUGUGAACACCGACCCCACGCUCUCCCGACGACUCCUCUUGUCUCCCAUCCAUGCUCCUGCUUCAUCACUGAUGUGUAUAUGUGUGCAUAGUAGCUCCAGUAGCUCGCAUGGAUGUUGGUUGCAUCAGAUGUGUAAUUUAUUCCAAUUCAUACACCACUCACGUCUUUGAAUAUCUCCCUUGUAAAUAAAGCUCAGUUGAUGAGUCUUGCAUUUUCAAAGUAGGCCUGAACACCUCUCUGUAAUUAUGCAAAAGUGCAAUAUGAUACUGCAUAGAGAGAGGUUUGGGCAUUAGUUAAACAUGUUUGCUGCAUUUUUUUUGUACUAAAUCUGUAAAUUUUUUCAGGUAAUUUGGACUAGAAGUGAGUUAUUAUGAAGAUGCACCAAGUGACGACAGUAACACUUUACUUGAGCCCGUUUUUAAGACAGGACACAGCCCUAAAGCUGUCAGAAUUGGAGGCACAAAUAUAAAUGACUUCUCUUAGCAUCAAAUAGAUGUUGUGUUGUCUGUUGGAGCAGACUGAGGUGUCAGGUGAAAAUUCUCUUUGUCUAGUUUGACAGAUUUUUAAAAUGUUACUGUCAAGUUCUGUCAGAAACUCCUAGUUUUAUCUGUGGUCUCUCACAAACAAGGCAGUAUAGCUGUGUGAAGUCCGUGAUAGUACUGAAGUCAGGGUUCAAGUAGACAGUUACUGUGGGGGUCACUCAGUUGUUUGCAUUUAGUUAUAUAAUGAUUUGAUAGACAAUGGAGGAACCUUUCUUUGCUGAAGACACAUUGAAAGAUUGUUUAAUUCAAAGUACCACAUCACACGUACUUACAAUAAAAGUCCUCUGAGAUCAGUCAGUGA